CUCCGUCCAUGUAUAUAUAAACCACCCUCCUCUGCCUCUUCUUCCUCCUCCUCCUCCUCCCACCACUAAUGGAACCAGAGCCGCUCCCCUUCUUCGUCCCCGCUCCCAUUUCUUCUCAGCCUCCCCUGCCUCUCUAAUUUUACUUCAUCCCUAAAAAGAAUCAAGCUGUGUAAGCCGUCAGCAACGCCUUCCGUUAAUUUCAUUGAAAUCUCAGCAUGAAUGUGUUGAAGGCAGCGCGACCGUGGAUUUGUGCCCUGACGCCGCCGGACGCUGAAUUCGGAUCUCCGGCGGCGAAGAAAUCAGGAUUCUUGAAGGUUUAUAGGAGCAAUGUGACUACGAGCUUGAGUGUGAGAAGUGGAGUUGAUGCAGGAUCCAGCGGUUUAAGGCCGAUCAAGGCCGUGGAGGAUCACGCCGCCAUUAAUGGUAAAAAACUCCGCCAGAUGUCAACUGUCGGGAACUCAACGAACAUCGUGUGGCAUAAAUGUGCCGUCGAGAAGGUGGACAGGGAGCAGUUACUUCAGCAAAAAGGCUGUGUCAUAUGGAUUACGGGUCUUAGUGGUUCAGGAAAAAGCACUGUGGCAUGUGCUUUGAGUAAAGGCUUGCACUUGAGAGACAAGAUGACCUACAUUCUUGAUGGUGACAACGUCCGGCAUGGUCUAAAUCGUGACCUUGGUUUUAGUGCAGAGGAUCGUGCAGAAAACAUACGAAGAAUUGCUGAGGUCGCUAAGCUCUUUGCGGAUGCUGGCAUCAUUUGUAUUGCUAGCUUAAUAUCUCCUUACCGAAAGGACCGAGAGGCCUGCCGUGCACUAUUUCCAGAAGGAGAUUUUAUUGAGGUGUUCAUGGACGUGCCACUAAACAUAUGUGAGAAUAGGGAUCCAAAGGGCCUCUACAAGCUUGCACGAGCUGGAAAAAUCAAAAGUUUUACUGGGGUUGAUGAUCCAUAUGAGCCACCACUGAACUGCGAGAUUGUGUUGCAGCAGAAGGGAAGGGACUGUGUCUCCCCAAGUAGUAUGGCUGAAACAGUGAUAUCUUACUUAGAGGAGAAAGGGUAUCUGAAGGCUUGAUAGCCGAGAAAAGGUUCCACAUGCGAGUGUUAGAGCUUCUCUUGUAACAUAAUAUGCUGCAAAACAUUAUUUUUCCCAGCUAAAAAGAAAAAAAGUACUUGCAAAAUAGAAUAUCUCCCCUUUCCCGGCUAGGAAAUUGCUUGUUUCCUUUGUAUGAGUUCCAGCGAUUUAGUUAAUCAAUCGAUUAAUGAAUUUAAUUUGUUCAAAAGCUACCUUCUGAAAUUUGAAGUGUGGCUUUUGAUCCAAAAUUGCAAUAAGUAGUAGAACCUGGGAAAGGAGGAUUUCAUUCUUUAUUUAUUUUUAUUUCUUUUCAAUCUGGAAAGGGAG